GCCGUUGGGGGUUGGUGGAUUGGGGCCACAAGUGUCUGGCAGUGUGGGCUGGGGCCUUGUCACCGAGGCAGUCACUUCUGGGCCCCGAGGCAGCUGCCCCAUGCUCUGCUGAGCACGGCGCCAUGUUUAGACACUUCCUUCUGCUGAUGACUGUCUUGGGACCUGGCACCAGCCUCCAGCCGUGGGACACCCGGAAGCAUGGAACCAAGGAAGCCUCGGACCCUGUGCAUCUCCGGGGAAGGAGACAGGCAGAUUGGGGUGAUGAUCUUGAGGAUUUGGACGACUAUCCCUGGGGAGGCACAGAACCCCCAGAAAUGCUGAUAAAUGUCACCAACACUGCAGUUGCUCACCCUGAGGCUCUGACCAGGACGGCUGUGCUAGAGCAGACAGAUUCUAGAGAAGCUGCAAGCCGGGAGUCAGCCACUGCGAAGGUUGCUGCCACCCGCCCUGUUGGCCCAGAUGGAGGAGGGCGAACUCUUGGGCUGCUCAGCACAGAAUCUGACACACAGUGGAAGCCAACCCAGCCAGCACCCACAGAGGCAGAGACCUCUCAGCCAGCACCCACGGAGGCAGAGACCACACAGCCAGCACCCACGGAGGCAGAGACCACACAGCCAGGACCCACGGAGGCAGAGACCUCUCAGCCAGCACCCACGGAGGCAGAGACCUCUCAGCCAGCACCCACGGAGGCAGAGACCACACAGCCAGGACCCACGGAGGCAGAGACCACACAGCCAGCACCCACGGAGGCAGAGACCACACAGCCAGGACCCACGGAGGCAGAGACCAUACAGCCAGCACCCACGGAGGCAGAGACCACACAGCCAGCACUCACGGAGACCACCGAGCUUCCUAGGAUUCAGUUUGUAAAAACUCUGUUCACAAAGUCCACAGCCACAGAAGCCCCUUCCACGGAGCCCGAUGCCACGGAGACCAUGUCCACUAAGUCUAAUGACUCCGUCGUCUUCCUUGGGCCAUCUGUGCCUCACAAUGACAAUGAGGUAUCCACUGGCCACUUCUCUGACGUUGGCAUGAAGAAAGGGCUGGUGGUGACCCCUGCAAGCUCUGUGGCCCCAGCCCAACCAGGGACCUCAGAUCUCAUCCCUGUGAAGCAAUGCUUACUGGCCAUCCUCAUCUUAGCUUUUUUGGCCACCGUCUUCCUGGUGUGCACGGUGGUGCUGGCGGUCCGCCUCUCUCGGAAGAACCACAUGUACCCAGUGAGGAAUUACUCCCCAACUGAGAUGAUUUGUAUCUCAUCCCUGCUGCCUGAGGGGGGCGAAGGGCCCCCUGCCGCAGCCAAUGGGGGCCUGCCAAAGGCCGGGGACCUGAAGACAGAGCCCAGUGAGGCCCGAGAUGGGGAUGACCUCACCCUGCACAGCUUUCUCCCUUAGGCUCUUCUGCCUGGCCACCUGAGCGACACCCUUGCUGGCUCUACCCUCCACGCCUAUCCACUGGCCACCACGGCCACAGAGCUGGGCUUUCUGGGUGAAAUUGAUCCGCAGGAGUCUUUAGGGAAGAGACAUUGGAUUACCCCAAUCAUGGCCCAGAGCCCCCAAAGUCCUGUGGCUCCUGCUUCAUUCACUG